UAACCAAUAAACUCGAACUACUGCCCUCAAUUCAUGUAUUAAUUGUUCUUAAUUUAUUUACAUAUGCUAUUGGAACCACUAAAUAAAUAAUUUCAUUUUAUAAAACCAAUUAAAUUACUUAAAAUUGUUUAUAUUAAUAAUAUAUCAACAUAAUAGUACACAUAAUAAUUUUUAAUCAUUGAUAUAUAUUAAAUUCCAAGUUAACAUUAACUACAUUUAUCUAAGCAAUUGUUCGAAGAAAUUUCAUUUAAUAUACAUCAUUCAAUUCGUAUGAAGAUCAUGAUGUGGAUGAUAGUAUUUAUUACUUGGAUUCUUGCUGUGUAUGCCCCGAUUCAAAUUCGUGGUGAAGUUGAAGACCCGACUGCUUUAGAUGACCAAGUGGAAAAUGGAUUAAAUGAUCAAAUUCUAACUGAGUAUGAGGCUUUUUAUAUUUAUGACCAUAUCGCAUCUUAUCUAUCUAGACCAGAGGUUGGAUUGUCAGGUUUCGCGAAAUUUUUCCGUGAAAGUGCAAACGAAGAAUUGGAGCAUGCACGUAAAUUCAGUGAAUUUGUCAAUAAACGAAACUCAAAGGUUGUCCUGAAAAAUAUUUUACUGCAUCUUCAGGCGUACCAAUGGAUUUUAAAAAUAUUCAUGAAGUAAUUGAUACAGCAAUUAGAAAAGAACUUCAAGUCACUGCACACAUCAAUGAACUGCAUAAAUUAGCAUCGCAAAUGAAUGAUGCAAUUAUUCUCAAUAAAUAUUCUAUUCAUUCUACAUCGAAUGAUCAACUGUUUAUUUAAAAGUUGAUAACUCUGUUUUGAAAUACAAAUAUAUAUCAAUCAUUGGAAUUCAACUAAAAGGUUUAAAAUGGCAUCUUUUCUAUCAGACUUAAAGUUAACAGUUUUGAUGUUGAAAGAUAACUUAAAGUACAAGUUAUUAGUUCUUCUUUUUGAUAUCAAUAAUAACUGACAUAGGGUUUCAAUUCGAUAAAUAAAAGUUAUCUUUAACUAUUUACAUUCGUAAUGUUAUUUAUAUUAGAUUAAAAAAAGGUAAGACUGAUUUGUCUCAAUUUUUUUUACCUAGAUGAGUUAGGAAGUCAAAAAAACCUUGAAAUUCUACUGAUAAUCCUGAUAAUAUUCUAAGAAUGAGUAAAAGGCUAUUGAAAAUUAGUUUAGUAGUCGGUAGUAGAAAAAAAAUGAAUCCGGACCGUGUAUCCAGUUUCAUUCGAGUUUUACGGAUAUCCAGGUGAAUGAUGAAAUUCUCACUGAUAUUCAAACCAGAACCGAUCGAUUUAUAUAUUGAAGUACUAUCUUUUCAAACCAAUGAGUUAUCAGUAUAGUGGUUGUGGAGAUUGUUGAGUUUUUUAUUGAGAUCAUGAACCGAUUGAUGAGUUAGGUUAGCUAUUCCUUUAUCUAAUGAUAUUGUAUUUAUUUGGAUUUUUUCUUAUUUUUUUCUAACGUAAUCUGUUUGCAUAAUCUGACUGACCAAUUCCCUUUCCAUCCGUCUUUUUAAUUACUCAUCGUCGCUAUUACAAAUAACACCAAACAUUUUCAUUCAGCUAGUUAAUUCACAACUUAAUCAAUUCCUGCUUUUGAUCUUACGCAACUACUUCCUAGAAUUAACCGAUUAUGUAAUGUCAUCUUAAAUUCGCACCAGCUAAGUUACUAACUGCUUUAUGUCUUUAGGGAAAAUAUUGAGAUAUAUUGAUUGAUCAAACGCCAUUUAUUAAGUGACCUAAUACUUAGUUGUGAAACCUAUUUAUUACUGAAGAGCUAUACCAAGAAACUAGUAUUUCUCCGCUUAACUCAUAUUUUCAAUGUUACAUUGGGAAUAUUAAAAACACUAAGGUCAUCUAUAAUUGAAUAACUAACUAUUAAUCAACUCACUAAGAAGAAUUCGCCUUGAAAAGUUACCAAAUAUCUACAAUUCAUUAGUGUCUAUUUACAUUCGAAUAUCGUAUAAUAAUAAAUCUUCCCAAUCAGUCAAUCAUAAACAACUUAUAAUCUGAUAUAAAUACACACUAGAGCACGCUGCUGAAUAAAUUUAACAUGAACUUUUCACCUGUUAAGUUUAAUAAACUAAAUAAACAAAUAUAUAAGAUAUUGAAAAUACAUUUCAUUUAUUGAUUUUUAAACCAUUAGACCCUAGUUGAACUUUAAUAUCUAUUAAAACAGAAAGAAAUCAUUUGUGUUGUCGUUGACAUUUUAU